CCUGCGCCACGCGUCGCGUCAGACACGCCCAAUGAAAAAGGCCCAAGUGAUCUCACUCGCCAAGAACUUUACCAAAACCCAACGAUCGUCACAGGCGUAGGAGUCUAGUCACAUCGCCAAGAUACCCCAAGAGUUUUUACAUGGCUGACGAAGUCCGAGGGCACAACCCGUGUGAUGGCAAGUACGAAGACGUUUUGGUCACGGUGCUCUCGGAUGACUACGCAACGGACGUGGCUGACGUCUAACCUUGUGCUCUCCGCCAAAAAAACAAGGCAUGAUGAAGACGAUCGUAUACAUAUAAGUAUACCGUACCCAAAGUGAGAAAACGCCAGAACAACAACAGCAUCUCCACACCCAUUACAAUCUCUUCGCUUACCACUCCGGCCUCGACUAUCUACUACCUACCAGCAUGAUUUUCUCACACAUCAUUUCGCUCGUACUGCGAGUUUCACAGUUCGUGUUUGCGGCCAUCGUUCUUGGCCUGACAGCCUACUUUGUCUACAAGAUUGAAAACCCAGAUCGUGGGCCCCGUGGCCGUCGUGACCGUCGUGACCGUUGGGAUGACGAUGACCGUUGGGACAACGACCGUUGGCGUGACCGUUGGGAUGCUACCCGCUGGAGGGACGAUGAUGACCGGGACCCUCUUGGUCGACUGAUUUUUGCUCUUGUCUGGUCGUCUCUUUCUAUCAUCUUCGCUGUUAUCUGGGCUAUUCCCACGACGUUUGCUAUGAAGGGAUUUAUUUCAGACUUCAUCUUCACAGCAGGUUGGGCUGCCGUCUUCGGACUACUCGUCGACUGGUUCAACGACGCCAACUGCGGUAGCCCAUGGGCAUGGGGCGGUCUGUCACUGAGGCGCGGUGAUACCUGCGGCCAAUGGCGUGCUGCCCAGGCCUUCUCUUUCUUGUCCUUGAUCGUCUGGUUUGCAACUGGCAUCCUCGGCAUUAUUAUGGUGCUCCGCCUGAGACGCCGCGCGGCAGCAGCUAAAAACUCCCGCGUUUAAUCGGUCCAUUGGACUGCCACUGGUAGUCUAUGGCGGUGUUUACACUACACUAAUACGGUGUAGAUGUUUACCAAAGGGCCGAAUGAGGAUGGAAGACAGCGCACCAUCCUUGUUCAGGAUGCUGUCGCUCAACCUUGCUUCAGAGAAUGAUC